GCCCACUCUCGCAGCCUUCGACCCGCCGAGCUGCACACAACAAUCAUGUCAAACGAGCCGUACAUAUCCCAGGAGGCCGUCAGGGAAUCCUAUCGGCCUCGCAGCUAUCAAAUGUCUCCCGGCCUUCUCCGCGCUCGCGAGCCCUUUCGCGUCAAGAAUGCCAUCACGGGCCUCAUACUUGGUGGCUUGGGGGUUGGCGUCUGGGCGUAUUCCAUCCGUGCAGUGAAACAAGAGGACUUCUCGGAUGUUGAUGAAGAAGCAAGGGAGAUGAUGCGUGGCCGGGCUGCCGAAAAUGUUGGUGCUAGUACAUCCGCAGACGUUGCGGUCAUUCCCACUGAGUACCGUGCUGCUUCCGGAGCAGAAGCUCUAGUUCCGUUUCCAGCGCCGUCGUUGAGGAGCGUAGAACUGGUGACUCGUCAAGCCGACCAACGAGGUAUUCUCGCGCCUGUUCUCGAUCGUGCUUUCCCCCGGCUCCUCGAUCCAACACGAAAAACUUUGGUAUGGGGUGCACCGCCAGUUGAUAACAUCGGUCAAUUGAAUGACAGUCUGCGAAAUUCCGAAGGGCAGAGAUGACAAGUGAUAGAUUCAUUUGCAGUUACUCCGGUUAAAGUUGUUUAUAUCUUCUUAC